AUGACUACCUUAUACAAUCCUAUCAACCUCGCGUACCAUGGCAUCUCUUUUGCGCUUGGUGUCAUACUUCAUCUCUCUGUUUUCCGUCGAGGAGAAUGGAAUAUACACGCCUUAAGCAUUUUGCAAUACUUUGCCAUUUUCGAGGGCAUCCUCACAUGCGCCUUGAGACUUUCCUUAGGGAGCGAAAAGUGCACUAUAUGGACAGUCAUUCCUAUUGCAUUAACAGCUACAUUAUCAACCCUUGUCGGAUUGUUCACCAGCAUGCUCAUUUAUCGUGGUUUCUUCCAUCCGCUGAAAGGUUAUCCGGGACCCUUUUUCUCCAGGUUUUCCAGCCUGUAUAUCACGUUUCAAGCUUUCAAGAAUCGUCGGCUCUUUGAAGAACUUCAACUGUUUCACAAGACGUACGGAGACAUUAGUAUUGAACACCCGGUAACGUCUCUACAGAUGACUAGAGACAAAGAGGAGCACACCCGUCGACGCAGGGUUUGGGAUAUGGCUUUCAGUUCCAAAUGUCUUCGGCGUUACGAAGACCGGGUGGCUGAAUACACCACACAGCUUUUGCAACAUAUAGAAGCAUUGCAGGAUGAACCAUUGGAUAUAUCAAUGUGGUUUAACUUUUACAGCUUUGACGUCAUGGGCGACUUGGCCUUUGGGAAAAUUUUCGAUAUGCUGAGUAAUGGUACAAAGCACCCAUUCAUGGAGCAGACUCAUUCCCAUAUGCUUGUGGCUGGCUCUCUGAGCCGUUUAGCCUGGAUCUUUUCACUGCUCAAACGCAUCCCAAUCUUCAAUCAAAAGACCUGUGAGCUUGAAGAACGUAUUAAGCAACUGGUCGAUUGGAGGAUCAAAAACGAACCGGAUGUUCCAGAUAUCUUGUCUUGGAUCCUCCGUGACUAUUUCGGGCUUAGCAAGCCAAAGGGUCAAGAAACACUCAACUUAUACGGGGAUGCUCAGCUAAUCGCUGUGGCAGGAAGUGACACUACUGCGGCUUCGCUCACUUGUCUUUUCUUUGAACUGGCGAUUAAUCCACAGGCUCUUCACAACGUGCAAGAGGAGAUAGAUCGAUAUCACCUGGAGUACAGUACUCUGGACCAUCAAAAUUUGUCAAAGCUCAGCUAUCUGCAAGCCUGCAUCAACGAGUCCAUGCGGCUGUAUCCUCUCCUCCCCUCCGGCUUGCAGCGAAUAACGCCGCCUGAGGGACUGCAAGUCGGGAGCAUACGUCUUCCCGGAGAUACGAUUGUAUCAAUCCCAUCUUAUGCAUUCAACAGAGAUGAGAGGCUCUUCAAAAAUGCUGACCAGUUCAUCCCUGAACGCUGGACGACGAUGACAGAGCUCACUAGAGACUCUUCUCUCUUCACCCCAUUUUCAAUAGGGAAAUACUCAUGCGUUGGAAGACAGCUCGGUUUGAUGGAGAUCCGGUUCGUUGCUAGCCAAAUUUUGAGGGUAUUUGAUGUCAAGUUGGCAAACUGCAAUACUGCUAAAGAGUUCGCUAGUGGCUUACGAGACAGCUUUACAUUGGCUUGUCCGAGCCUCCAUCUGGUCUUUACCCGAAGAGACAUCUGGACACCCUCGCCCAUUAGCGAGAAAUGA